AUGAUUACUAUAACCUCAGAAUCAUCACCUAAGACCAAUGAACCCACGGUCCACUCUGACCCUGGCCUUCACCUCCCCCGUAUUCUCUGUUUGCACGGCGGCGGAACCAACGCACGCAUCUUCCGGGCUCAGUGCCGUUCCCUAAGCUUGCGGUUAGAGGGACGCUUUCGCCUAAUCUUUGCCGAUGCGCCUUUUCUCUCUGGACCCGGACCGGACGUUGAGUCCGUCUAUGCUGAAUGGGGACCCUUUCGAAGCUGGGUGCGCCCUACUGCUGGAGGAGCCAUGUCGGUUACAUGGGCCCCUGGAUCCGUGGAUGUGGAAGCCGUCGAUACAGCAAUCUCCAAUGCAGUGCUGGCAGAUGACAAGUUUGGAGCCACAGGAUCAAUAGUUGGCCUCCUUGGGUUCAGUCAAGGGGCUAGAAUGGCUGCCUGUCUACUCCUUCGCCGGCAGCAGGAGAAUGCAAGACGGAACCGGCCGAAUAACCACACAAUAACGAACACUGAAUACAGAUUUGCCGUACUCCUCGCGGGCAGAGGUCCUCUCGUAGCACUGGAUAACGCGCGCAAAGAUGUAGUCGAUGGUGUGCCUCCCUCCCUACAGUUGCGGUUGCCCACAAUCCACGUGCAUGGCACGCGGGACCCAGGCCUCGCAAUACAUCGGGAACUGCUACAUCGCGACUGCGUUAGGGACACCGCUCGUGUUAUUGAGUGGGAUGGCGGCCACCGGGUGCCGAUCAAGACGAAAGAUGUCGCUCCAGUGGUUGAUGCUAUUUUGCAGACUGCAAGGGAGACAGGAAUCAUUUAA